GACUGGACGCCGUCGUCGAGGAGAUCCGGGCGGCGGACGAGGCCGUUCCGGAGGACGGGCAGGCGGAGCCGGCGAAGAAGGAGGGGGGAGAAGGGCUGAUGACGGCCGAGGAGGAGGCCGAGCUGGCGGCGCUGAUGGAGGAUGAUUAGGCACUUCGCCGUUCGAGGGGGGACAAUGUCGUGAUGAUGCCGUGGGAGAGGGGCCCAGGUCCAGACCGCGUCUCCGUACGGGGAUCAGGAGGUUCCCCCGGGCUCUGCGAAUCAUUACAACCGCGACUCGACCAAACAAUGAAACAAGAAAGGGGAAAAAUACUAUUGCUCACAUUUUUUCCUCAAAUAUUCUACAUCCCCUAUCCAAACAGCGGGAAGCUACAACCCGUCGUCUCCCCGGCCCAACGAAUUGCUCCUCUUUCUCGGGUUUCGGCCGACUUUAUUAACAUAGCCUUCACAGAGUUUCCAGAUACCCGAGCUAUCUCGGGGGUUCGUGAUGGGAUAAUGCAGGCUUCUUCUCAAGGGAGUGGGAGGGGGGAAUGUACGCCAGCCAGCAUGACCUUGUCGAACUAUGGCGGCUUGCCAUCCGACCCCGGCCGGUUGUCUACAAUUUCCCCGAUGCCGUCCUGGGCAUAUCUGCAGUCAGACAUUGGGCGUUUCUUUGGCUAACGAUGUCUCGGUACGAGCUUGCACGCCUCCGGUGGGGAAUUCAUCGAGACAUGCGCCGCGGAGCAAAGGGUCAGGCAUCGCUUGUGACGACACCGGAGGAGACACAAAAAGCGGCGUGGCAUCUGUUCACAUGACCGGCGCUCCUGCGCGCCAUAGUUCCAGUUGAGAGGAGUCGUGAAGUCGUACUGGGAGGGUUCUGGAUAAUUGUAACGAUUGGAGACCGCCGGGGGAGGAGGCAUCAUUGAGGCCGAC